AUGGUGAAGGACUUUAAGAGCGGUUUCACAGAUACCCCAGGCGUCAUCAAACGCGUUUCACAGCUCUUCAAUGGCCCUCACCCCUUCCUUAUUCAGAGCUUCAACACCUUCCUUCCUGUCGGCUGUCGCAUCGAGUGCUCCUCUGACCCCCAACAGUCUACUUUUAUCGCCAUCACUACACCUACAGGCACAAUGCUUCAGUUUACCCGUGACGACCCUUGGCCUUCUACUUCAUCUGUUGCCUCUACGACCGUCUUGGGUCCUGAGCCUGAUCCAAACAUGUACGGCAUGAAUCUCGGUCUCGACAGCUCCUCUAUAGAACCAGCCUUUUACGUGAAGUAUCAGCUGAGAUCGCCCGCCUUUUCAAAGACGACCCCUAUUUGCGCCCAUAUUUUAGGAUUCUCAAAGAGCCAGGAUGUUUUCGACGAUGUAGAAGAAAGCUAUCUCUCCCCCAUAGGACGCUACACCCGCUCAAACACACCUCUCGAUGCCACCAUCGAACCCAUCGUCCCUCAAAAUCGCAAACGCAAAGCCAACAAGCGCGAACGAGACCCCGUCUCUUUAGCACCCGAAGCUCCUUCCAAGCUCCCCCUCCUUCCUUCCCUCCUCCUACCAGACGACAUCCACAUCUUCGACCGCGUCAAACGCGCGUUAGGCAACCGAGACACCUACAACGAGUUCCUCAAAGUCGUGAACCUCUUCACGCAAGAACUCAUCGAUACCGCUCGCGUCGUCCGCUCAGCACGGAAUUUCCUUGGAGACGCAGAGUGGAUGCGCCAGUUUAGGGAGAUUCUUGGGUGGGAUAACAGAAGGGAGAGGGAGCGGUGGGUGUUGAACGAGAGUCAGCAGCAGCAGCAGACGGAGAGUCAAUACGGGCCUCCAACAAGGAAGCUACCGCUCAAUGCCCACCACCACGCAGGCUUCGUAGCGCACAAGAAAAAGAUCUAUGAAGAAGCUCUCCACCGGAGCGAAGAAGAACGCCAUGAGUACGAUUUCCACGUCGAAGCAGCCACGCGCACUAUCACCAUCCUCGAGCCUAUAUCUACUAAAAUCUUACAACUCCCCCCCCGACGAACGCAGUGCAUUCAAGCUAAAACCAAACCUGAGGGGAUCGGGCAAGGCACAUGUAAAGCCUUGGACAAAAAAGCGCUCUCUGCGAAAGCCUUCGUUGCGCAGAUCGAAGCUGCCUGGGACGCCCAGGUGUGUCAGCGCGCUGCGCUUGUGGACCCUUUGUUUGCGCGUGCGAGGGUCAGGCAUCAAUUGGCGUAUGAGGUGCAGGAUACGGGGGUCCUGCAGGAUGCUGUGAAGAUGGCGUUCCGUUCUUGGAUCGGACGCAGGGGCAGAUUGGGGGGGGGGGGGGGGGGGGGGGGGGGUGGAGAGGAGCAGGGGCGUUUGUGCUUGGGGAGGGGAGGGGAGGUGGAGGUGGGUGAGGAUGGGGAUGACGCUGAGACGAGUAGUACCGGGAAUGGAGGGGGGAGGAAGCGGAAGGGUGGGAUGUCAUCUGGUAGGGAUUUGAGGAAGAAACUGCUUAAGAGCGAGCAGGCGAAAUCGACGGGGAGGAAAACACGUGCGCAGGAAGUUUCUUCGCCCUCUGCUUCGAGACCUACGUCUCCUGCUAUACCCGAUGUCAUGCAGGUAGACACUACCGCUCCGGAGGAGGGAGAACGAGAGCCUGCCGCUCCGUUGCGCAAGGCGUCGAGGAAGAACGUGUUCUUUGGGAAUACUAUCUUUUAUGUCCUUUUGCGUCUUCUCGAGGCACUAUACUCCAGACUCUUAUUCUUCAAACACCUCAGCGCGCGCAUCGCCCUCUCCUCUCCCAAAUCAACCUCCAAAACCAAAACCAAUCCGGUGGCCACAGCCCUAGGCAUGCCCUCCCUCGCGCACCUCGCUCAGCUAGACGACCGAGCUGCUCAUGCGGAUCAUUUUUAUGAGUUGAUGUUGGAGUCAUGUCAGAAACCUUUUGAUAACGAGAUCGAGUCGCAUGUGUUUGAGGAGCAGAUGCGGUAUAUGUUUGGGGUGAAGGAUGCCUACCGGAUAUUUACGAUUGAUAAAGUCAUUGGGUCAUUAAUCAAACAGGUCCAGCUCGUGUUGGCUGGUGCCAGGAGUCAAGAACUCUUUGAGCUUCUGAAGCGCGAUCGAGCAUUACAAGCUCCUACCAUCCAGGACCAGCUCAAUAGCCGGAGUUUUGCGGAGAAUAUCCUUGGGCCUGAUGAGAAUAUUUUAGGGUGGAUUGGGUUCGAUGAUUCUGAGAUGUUGGUGGAGAGGUGGCAGGCGUAUGUCGAUUCGUUUGUUUCGAGUCCUGUGACAAAGGGGAUAUCGCAGGGCCGUGUUAGACGUCCGUUUCUUCGAAACACACCAGCCGUACUCGCGCGUAGCGCACUAGAAACGAAAGUAUGCGUACGGACGUACCGCUUGUUUUUUGUAUCGGGCACGGAGGACUUUUUGUGGCGGAUUCCGUCCAAGGAGGAUGUGGAUACGAGUUCGAGUGCAGGUGUUGGAAUGGAAGCAGCUAGUAAGAGGCGAGAGCGGUGGUUGGGGAAGACGCAGGCGGGGGAGUGGCUUUCUGGUUUGAGUGCGGAAGCUAAGGUAGUCACGGUGGGUGCGAAGGAGACAACGCCUGUACCUGUGUCUGUGAGGGUAGUUUGA